AUGGAGAUCGGGGUCACGGAUGACCUGGUGCUGUCUCAGAUGGACGUUGAUAACGCUUUCUACAGAUGCAAGGCGCCGCCAGGGGUCUCGGACUGGUUCGCCCUCCCCAGAGUUUCGGCCAGCCAACUCCGCCGCGUGGACGCCAGGUUGUGUGACCAGCUGGGCCUCACGUCCACAGGCUACGUCACACCACACCUGGAGGUCAUGGCGAUGGGCUGGUCCUGGGCGCUCUACUUCUGUCAGGCCAUGGUCACGGCCAGCGCUCUUCGGGCGGGCGUGCCGCCCUCGGCCUUCUUGCUGGACAAGAAGCAGGCUCCAGACGUCACUGGCGACGGCUUCGGCACCGCCAUCUAUGUGGACAACGCUGGGGUCGUGGGCACUGAUGACGACGUCGUCAGGGGCAUGGCCCGCAGACUGUACGCGCAGUUGGCGGCCGACGGCCUACAGUGCAAGGAGCUCGAGCACGGACUUCCCGAGGCUCAGUUUACCGGGAUGACCUUGGACAGGGCCAGCGGGCGCAUCUCAGUCGGCCAUCGCCGUUGCUGGAAGGUGCGUCUCGCCAUCAAGGGCAUCCUGGACGAGGGUUUCUGUUCUGGAGAGCUUCUUCACCGCAUCGUGGGCCAUUUUACCUGGUCGGCUAUCCUUCGUCGGUGUUUGCUCAGUAUCCCGCACGCCAUCUACAGGUUCAUUGACGUCGCGGGUCAUAGGCGGCUUCGCCUCUGGCCAGCUGUGUCGAAGGAGCUUCGGUGGAUGAUGGUCUUACUUCCGCUCGCCUACGCCGACACAAAGAGGCCAUGGGCUACAGUGGUCACGGCCUCAGACUCUGAGGGCGCCAACGCGGUCGACAACGGGGGGUUCGGCAUCGUGAAUCGGAACUUCCCGCUGGAGACCGUCCGAGGUUGGGGCCGCCAGAGUGAACGUUGGGGGUUUGCAGUCGAUGAUGCGGUUCAGGCUCGACAGCGUGCCCUGGCCGAGUCCGACAAUCAUAUCAAGUCCUUGCCAGACCCAGACUGCCCCCCGGAUGAGCUCCCACCUGAGUUGUUCGACAUUCGUCGUGGGGACAUUGGCGACUUCAGUGAGUGGGGCCUCAAGGUGCGGGGGCGCUGGCGGCUCGCAGAGAGCAUUACGUCUUCGGAGGGCCGUGCUACCGUCAUUGCAGCCAGAAAUCGUCUCCGCUCCGCCCGUCAUUUCUCGCAUCGUCAUCUCUUCUUGGGAGACAACUUGGGGUUUGUCUUGGCGCAGGGUAAGGGCAGGGCCAGCAAUGCAAAUAUCAACAGACAUUGUCGCCAACUUGCUGCCUUGUCCAUGAUCUCGGAUUCAGACUUCGUCACCAGGUGGGUUCCUUCAGAGUUCAACCCUGCCGACGCCGCAUCGAGGCUCAAGACGGGGCCACCCGUCCGGGGCGGCGGCGGGCCGCGGGAUGCUCGCCCUCCCUGGGUCGUCCGAGACGCCGAGGCGCGUGUUGCGCUCGAGUCUGCUGUCGAGGCGCUUGCCCGGUCCACAGACAGCCAGCACCCCAUCGGCGAGUUCGACGACGGGGACUGGGCGCUCGGCGGGCGCUCUCCACCGCUGGGACCACCAGGCUAUGGCUUCGAGGACCUCCACGACGGUCUCCCCGAGUUCAAGAUGCUGCUGGCCAGGAGACUACCCAUGCCCGCCAAGAGGCCUGUGACAGAGGCCGGGAUAGAUCGCACGUCUCAGCUUCGCGCUCAACGGGCAAAGCGCAGACGGCGCGAGCACUUGGACGAAGCAAUGCAUGCGAGGCAGUUCGGCCAAUAUUUUCUGGAGGUCAACAAGGUGACUCGUCCUUCGGCAAUGAUGUACGACAGGUACUUCCAGGAGUUCAAGGACUGGGCCAACACCAACGGAAUGACGUUGAGUACGAGCUCGGACAUCAGCAGGGCUAUGCUGGAGUAUCUGGAGGAGCUCUACUUCGCGGGCCACAACCACGACUCGGGCGAAAAGGUCAUCGCAGCCCUCGAGUAUCGGGUGCCUGGCAUGAGGAGCUCAAAGACGCUAGAAAGGGCCAAGCACUCGCUACGGGGCUUUCGCCGCUUGGCGCCCGGCCUGAGCAGGGCCCCUCUGCCGUGGAUCGGCUUGUGCGCGCUAGUCGGAGCUGCGCUACACAUCAACGAACUGGAGUUUGCACAGUGCCUCAUCUUUCUCUUUCGGACUUACUUGCGGCCGAGCGAGUGUCUGGGUCUUCGGAACAAGGUGUGGUCAUUCGACUAUCGCAAGUUCUCCAACCUGUUCAAGAGGGUGUGCGAGGUCGCUGGCCUGGGACAGGCGAAGCUCCACCCGUACAUGAUGAGGCACGGAGGCGCCAGCGACGAUGCUCUCAGACAGACUCGAUCGUUGGAGGCCAUCAAGCGCCGCGGCCGCUCGGCCGCGGACACGUCGGUGAAACGUUACGAGAAGCACGCCAGGGUACUCAAGUCACUCGAGGGUCUACCCGCCAGUGCUCGCGACUACGGCAAUCUGAUAGACAAGAAGCUGAGCCAGUACAUGGGCCUCACAGCCAGAGUCCCAGUUCCUCCUGGGGCCACGGCCAAGGGUGAGAGCUGUAUCAGUUUCGACGUGCUCAACGGCCCAGAGUAUGAUCUCUCAAACGCAGUGGUGGUCAACGUACUCAUCGGUUGGAUCCAGUCGGGUGUCGUCAAGGGCCAGCUGGACUCCGGCUCUUUUUCGCCAGAUCAGACGAUCCUGGUGCCCUUACGGGAUUCCCGACCCGACCCCAGCUGA